AUGAGCAAGUCAAUUGUUGAUGCUUUCAACGGCUUAAAGAUUAACGCUGACUCAUCACCAUCCGAGCUCAAACAGAUCUAUCAAGUAUCAUAUGAGUACUUGUCGAAAGUGAAGAAUUUCAACGAUUUGCAAUCAUUCAAAAAUUGCCUUGUUGCAUUGAUCAAUUUGGACCUGUAUGGACAAGCCACCAAACUUAUCACCAAGGUUCCCGGAAAACUCAUAGCGCCAUUGAUCUUGGAGAUUACUUAUGUCUAUUACAAGAUUGGGAAGACGAAGGACAUUUUGCGACUUUACCAAACACACGAGACAAAAAUUGAAUCUAAUAUAGUGCAAACAGGGUUCAAGCAUAUCUUGGCACAAACGUAUUACAAAAUUGGCGAAUACCAAAAGGCUUUGGAGUUGUAUAAAGAGUUGAUCAGUGAGCCUUUUGAUUCUCAAAGUGACCUAUUGGUAAAUGAGCAGGCAAUAAUCUCACAGUUGAUUUUCCAAAAAGGAGAAGCCUCGCUAUUGAGAUCUAGCUUGGAGUUGGACCCUCGCAAUUAUGACAUGUUGUUUAACGAAGCCAUCAUUGAAGUUGCCAAAGCAAACCUCACAAAGGCUUUGCAAUUGUUGCAACAAGCCCAUAAGGUGUGCUCAGAGAACAACUUGAGUGACGAGGAUGUUGAAACCGAAUUGCUCCCCAUUAAUUUGACAAUUGCAUACGUGUAUCAAAUACAAGGUAAGUCAGCAGAGAGUGACGAAAUUUUGUCUGGUGUCAAUGCUUCCAACGUGCACGACACCUUGCUCAAGUUGAUUUUGAAAAAUAAUAUUCAAUCAGAAAAGCCAAUUGGUAAUGCAAACUUGAUUGAAAGGCAAUUAAACUAUCAAGAGAACAUCCAAAAGGUGAAGCAAAAGAUCACCGUGUUUCAAUUGGAAACUAUAUUGAAGAACAGCUUAGUUCUAAGGUUCGCUACCGGUACCGUGUCUAAUAGCCAAUUAAACUCAGAAUCUCUUCUGAACCUUGGAUUGGUUCCAGCGGCAUACAAUGCUCUAUCCAAAACCCGAAUCAGCUAUAGAGACUUGAAGGAGGCAAGGAACAAAGUAGAAGGUAAAAAAUUGGUACAGUAUAUACAAAAGGAGACGAGAUCAGACUUGAAGGAAGCUGCAAUUUUGCUUUUGGUCCAAAUUAAUUCCCACAAUGGCUCAUUUGAUCAGAGUUUACCAUUCUUGGAAAAACUUGCAAAGGAGUCCCAGUCACAACCCAAGUUCUCCCCUGGUAUUAUAGGCACUCUCAUGCACGUCUAUGAGGCCACGCGCAGUAUCAAAAAGCUCAAGACUUUGCUUACGGAGUUGACAGAGAAGUUGUUAUAUGCAACAGAAGAAGCCUUUAAGGAUGAAAACUACUACAAUUGUGCCAAGAUUAUUGCCAUGAAGAAUUACAGCUUCAACAACGACAGUUCGAAGCAAUUGUUUGAAUUCUUGCACAGUUCGAAACCAGAUGAUGAGUUGGUAAAUUCUUUAUUAUCAAACACAAACGACAACUUGUUGCCAAUUUCCGAGUUGGAAUCGUCCAAAUCGAUUGACGAUAUCUUGUCUAUCGACUUGAAUGAGUUAAUACCAACUAAAGCAAAGACAAUUCAGCCAGUUAUUAAAAAAUCAAGCAAAAUCACAAAGAAGAAGCGCGCUCCGAAAUUUGGAAAAGCCAAGGUGAUUAAGCCUGAGGGUGAAUUUAAACUAGACGAUGAAAGAUGGUUGCCUUUGAAGUUGAGAAGUUAUUACAAGCCCACUAAAAAGGAUAAGAAGAAAAUGGGUGGAGGGCACCAAGGUGCAGUAGAGGCAUCGCCAGCUCCUGCAGUGCAUACCUCACUGGGUAGCAGUGGCAACAAAAAGAAGAAGAAGAAAGGUAAAAAGUGA